CACUAACUACCCCCACUGAUAACUACCCCACUGCUGCAGCUGCACACAAACUGCAGGGUUUCCAGAUCAGCAGCCUGCAGCUUCCAGGUCCGAUGGCGGCGAAGAAAGCGGUUCUGUUCAACUUCUGGGGCGUUGUCGUUCCGUCAAGACCCGCCGGGGUUUUCCACAAACUGGAGGAGCUGCACAAUCUGCCGCGAGGGUUUCUGUCCAGUGUGGCGUCUCAAAGCGAAGGAGCUUUGAUUCAGGCAGAAAGAGGCCAAGUGACUCUGAAUCAGAUGAUCCCGACGUUUAAAGCCGAAUGCGCGAAACAAGCUGAGGUCAGAGGCGUGGAGCCGCCGUCUGAUUGGUGCGUCGGCCGUCUGCUGGAGGAGGUCAGAACGGCCACGAUGGACGUUCGGGAUAUUGUGCUGAAAACGUCUGCGAGUCUGCGUUACCACGGAGUGCUGACCGCAGUCCUGGCCAAUCACUGGCUAGACGACAGCGCCUCCGGAGACCGCCCGGCUCGGCUCCUCUGUCUCCUGGGUUCCAACUUUGACCUGGUCCUCCAGUCCUGCCGUUCAGGUCACAGAGUGCCAGAGGUCGCCAUGUUCAACUCUGCUUUGGACCAGCUGGGGAUCCCAUCACAGCAGGCUCUGUGGCUGGAUGUGGACCAGGAGAGCGUGAAGGCAGCUGAGAAGGCAGGGAUGGAGGCCGUCCUGGUGGAGAACCUGGAGGUUGCCCUGAGGAAACUGGCCCACUUCACUGGAGUUCAGGCGGUGGGAGCAGAGAGUCGUCCCAUCACCUGCUGCCCUGACCAGGUGUCUCAUGGAUACGUCACCCUCAGACCUGGUGUUCGGACCCACUACGUGGAGAUGGGCUCUGGGCCGCCGGUUCUGCUGUGCCACGGCUUCCCAGAGAGCUGGUACUCCUGGCGGUACCAGAUUCCGGCUCUGGCUGCCGCCGGGUUCAGGGUUCUGGCUCUGGACAUGAAGGGAUACGGCGAAUCCACAGCACCCCCUGACAUAGAGGAAUAUUCCCAGGAGAAGCUUUGCCAGGAUCUGAUCUCCUUCAUGGACAAAAUGUCCAUUCCACAGGUCACCCUGGUGGGUCACGACUGGGGCGGCGCCCUGGUUUGGACUAUGGCCCGGUAUUUUCCAGAGAGAAUCAGGGCCGUAGCGUCUCUGAACACUCCCCUGUUCCCACCGGACCCGUCCAAACCGGCUUCAGAGAAACUGAAGGCUCUGCCCGCUUUUGACUACCAGAUUUACUUCCAAAAACCAGGCGUAGCCGAGGCCGAGCUGGAGAACGACUUGGAGAGAACGUUCAACAUUUUCUUCUCCAGCGGCCGUGAAGCCGCAGGUCGACCGACUCUCAGAACGUCGGGGGUCUGCGCUCGAGGCGGGCUGUUUGUGGGUCUGCCACAGCAGAUUCCUCGCAGCUCCAUGCUAACGGAGGCCGACCUGCGCUACUACGUCGGUCGGUUCAGAGGGAGCGGCUUCAGGGGACCGCUGAACUGGUACCGGAACAACCAGGCCAACUGGAAGUGGAUGUGUUCACAGCCCACUGGGAAGGUCGCCGUGCCGGCGCUGAUGGUGACGGCGGGGAAAGAUCCCGUCCUGCUGCCGGCGAUGUCUGACGGCAUGGAGGAUCUGGUCCCCAACCUGAGCAGAGGACACAUCGAGGACAGCGGACACUGGACCCAGAUGGACAAACCGGCCGAGACCAACAACAUCCUGAUAUCGUGGCUGAGAGAGACGCACGGGCCGCCGGCGCCCAAACUGUGACGCAGGAACAGGAGGAAAGUUACGUGUCAGGUUUUCCUCAUGAAAACCAGAGAAAUGUUGGGAAGGAAGGAAACAAGUUGAAAGAAAAACAGGAAGGAGAAAAAGAA